UGUUGUGGUUAAAGACAAUCAGUUGCAAAAAGACAAAACAUCAAUUUAUAUCAAUUAGAGCCUAAAAAGGAAGAACAAAAAAUAGGGUGGACGUGUGAAAAGUAGGUGAAGGUCUCCUAAUGGUCAGGAAUCGAUAUUUCAAUGUCUUGUGGCACAAGUUUCCUUUUUUUUGCCGAAAAAGGAGUGGAGAAAUGAGUGCAUUUGUGAAGUGGAUGUUAGUAAUUUUGACCGAAUGGUGCAUCCCAUUAAAAAUAAGACAUUUAUCUCAUGAGAUGUGCACACCAACGACGUCAUAAAAGAGUAUAGAGGCGACAGUAUAUUAGUAAAAAUAAUGCCAAGUGCAACUAAAUAUUGCAUUCAAUAGACAUAGUAUAUUGGUGCGUUCACUGAAGGUCACAUUACACUGCCAAUAACCAUUUAUUUUCUAACCAUUUUCCCGUGGCAGAACUUGGUCGAAGUAAUAUUAGAAUGAAUUUUCCGCCUAAAGUUAAAUAACAGUGUACCAAGUUGUGUGGAUCAUCAAAUGCAUAAAAUGCAGCCGAAUGACUUGAAAAUGUUUACUAUAUUCCUCAGUUGAUGGUGCGAUUUGUAGGUGUCCAAGUGACACGCAUUUUCCCUCCAAUAAUUUUUUUUCUAAUUUCUUUAUACUUUCUUGACAUUUUUUUUGGAAGUAAUAAUUUAUCAAUUCCCUGCCAAAAAAAUGGAUUUUGAUACGGAAGACAGUGGUGAAAAUGAAAAUGUGGCUUUUAUUGAAAAAGUUCUUCAAUCGUGUGAAAAUGAUUUAUCAAUUAAAAUUGAUAGUGUUGAAUGUGAACCCGGGAGUCGACAGGGUGAUAAUUACAUGUCAUUAAUUAAACGUGCUGCUGUCCAAGGAAAACGACGUGAUUUAGAUUACCAACGAAAGCUCAUCGUAAAGCGUCAAAUAUCGAGUAUAUCUCGACGUCAGCUUUUCCGGUGUGACGAGGCUUUUGCGAAUGAAAUUGCCGCUUACACAAAAGUACUUCCGCAUCUCCGGCGUUUCUCCAGCAAUCGCCUGCCCUACCCAAAGUGUCUGUUUGCCGGAAUUGACGAUGCCGAGAAGGAGGUGAUUAUUCUUGAGGAUCUCCGGGAGAGUGGAUUUGAGAUGGAGGACAGACUCAAGGGAUUGGACUAUUCACACUGUUCACUCGUUAUGCAAGAAUUGGGCAAUCUCCAUGCAAUAUCUCUGGCCAUGAAGGUCAAAGAACCCGAAACAUUUGACACAGUAAGACAAAGUAUAUCGGAAAUUGUUUACUGUCCAGAAGCCAGAGAAUUUAUCUCAAACACCUUGGAAUGUUCCCUUCGGGACACCCUGACAAGUCUGAAAGCAACAAAUACCGAUGGUCAUCUAACAGAUGCAAUUGGGAAAAUUGAGAGGAUGCAGGGAUGUAUGUAUGACAUAAUGUCGCGUCAUGUGCUGGAGAAUGAGGAAUCGUGGAAGGUGAUCUGUCAUGGUGAUAUAUGGAUUAAUAAUCUAAUGUUUCGUCAGAGAUCAACAGGAUGUGCUGAGCAUGUGAAAUUGGUGGAUUUGCAGACAAUGCGAUGUACAUCACCUGUGAUUGAUAUCCUACACUUUAUCUACACCAGCACCGUGAGAGCUUUCCGUCAAACUCAUCUCGAUCAAUUAAUCACAGACUAUCAGAAAUCCCUCAUAAAAUCCCUCCAUAUCUAUCUCUCAUCCCAAAGUGCCCAGGAAGAUGCAUUCAAUCGCUUAGAGAUGCAAUUCUCCCUGGACAGCAUCAAGCGUGAACUCCAACGAAAGAUGCUCUAUGGCCUGGGCAAUUCAAUGUGGCUAAUGCCAGCUGUUACAUUUCAUCCCAAUCGCAUUCCCGAUCUCAAUUCUGUCACAAUCACAGAUUUUGGCAAUAGCACACAAAUGACACAAAUGCUAACACCUGAAUACCAUCGAAGGAUUCGGGAGAUGGUCCUCGAAUUCUACGAGGAGGGACUUUUGCACAAUUUAUGAUACACACAAUGCAUCAUUGUUAUCUCAGCUGUGAUUCUUAGCCCUCGAGUGGACUUUACAGUACAAUGUUUCGCAUUCCUGUGCCUUUGAUAAAUUGGCCGAAUGAUGGUUUGUGUCUCUUAAGCUUAGAAAAUGCGAUGAUGGGCUCUCUUUUUGCUUUUUUAGUACAUGACUGUUCUCAAGUGCUUCUGUAUUACCGACUUUCCUUUGUGUUGAUUCCUUUUAAGACUGUGUGGUGGUUUUAGAACACGGUGAGAACUCGUGAGAACAACCGAGACAGGAAUCAACGCAAAAAAGCCGAUAAUGUAGGAGCCCUUGAGAACAGUUAAGUACUAAAAAAAAUUCAGGAGAAUGAUUUCCCCUUUUCGUGUUUUCAUUGGAAUAAGCUUCCCCAGUAUUCGUCCUUUUCCAAAACCACUAAAGAGUUGUGACAGAAACCAAUACAAAUAAUAGUCGAUAAUACAGAAACACUUGAGAACAGCCUGUACUAAAAAAAUGUUCAUGUUAAUGAUUUCCCAUUUUCACGUUUUCCUGGGAAUAAGCUUCAUUCCCAUGGGGGCCCGCUUUCCCCAGUACUCGUCCUGUUUCAAAACCACUAAAAAGUCGUGACAGAAUCCAAUGCAAAAACUAGUCGAUAAUACAGAAACACUUGAGAAUAGUCAUGUACUUAAAAAAACGUUCAGGAGAAUGAUUUAAUAUUUUCAUGUUUUCAUUGGAAUAAGCUUCUUUCUCAUGGGGGCCCGCUUUCCCCAACCCUCGUCUUGUUUCAAAAUAACUAAAAAUUCGUGACAGAAGCCAAUACAAAGAAUAGUCGAUAAGGCAGAAACACUUGAGAACAGUAAUGUGCUUAAAAAAUGUUCAGGAGAAUGAUUUCCCUUUUUUAUUUUAUAUUGAAAUUGUACCAAUAUGGUGUUAUUCCAAUGAAAAAUAAGCAGGGGAAAUCUUUCUCUUGAACAUCUUUUUUUAGUACAUGACUGUUCUCAAGUGUUUCUGUAUUAUCGACUUUCCUUUGUGGUGGUUUCUCCUUCGACUGUUUGCACCAGUCCUCGUCGUGUUCUAAAAUCACAAUACAGUCGUGACAGGAACCAGAACAAGCGAGUGUCGAUAAUGUAGAAGCACUUGAGAACAACCAAGUGUUAAAAAAAUAUUCAGGAGUAUGAUUUACUUUUCUCAUUUUUUUCCUUUGAAUAAACUUCAUUCCAAUCGUGUCCAUUUUUCCAGUCCUCGUCCAGUUCCAAAACCACAAUACAGUCGUGACAGGAACUAGCAAAAACGAAUGUCGAUAAUGCAGAACCACUUGAGAACAGUCAAGUGUUAAAAAAUGUUCAGGAGAAUGAUUUACUUUUCUCAUUUUUUUUCCUUGGAAUAAACCUGAUUCCAAUCGUGCCCAAGUUUCCCCAGUCCUCAUCCUAUUUCAAAACCACGGAACAGUCGUGACAGGAACUAGCAAAAAUGAGUGUCGAUAAUGCAGAAGCCUUUGAGCACAAUCAAGUGCUAAAAAAAUAUUCAGGAGCAAGAUUUACCUUUUUACUUUUCACUGAUAUUGCACCAUUAUGGUCUAUAUGUUUCCACAACUUCAUGCGUUCACUAAAAGAAAACAGGAAAAUCGAAAAACAACUCUACGCAAAUUUAAAUUAACUAGAGUGAUAUCAAUGAGACUAUACUUCUUAUAGACCACUUCUUAUAGCACCAGUCGAAUUAAUUCGACUGAUUUGGAUGUAACAAUUACACUUUUCCAGGGAAAAAAUUUAUCUCGACCGAAGUAUAUACUUAAAUGUGUGUUUUCUAUUUAAGAAUAUACUUCAGUUGAGAUGAUUUUCUUGUGGUAAAAUUCAUAUGAAGUAUCAAAAACGCACUCUAACUUGGAUAGUAGUGGAUUUUAAGUGUGUUGUAGUCCGUUUCUGUUAUUUAUUGAUUAUUUUUUAUUUUUUAAGUUAUUGACAGUUUGAUCCUUUUUAGGUUUUUUAUUGGACAGGAUUUCGGUCAAAAUAGGCCUAUGGCCUAAGACCUGAACAAAGGGAUUUAAGGGGGGAAAAAAGGAAAUAAAAUAAUUAAAAAAUAAAAAUAAACAAAACAAUAAAAUUUCUUAAUUGUCGAUUUAUACGAAAAGUCAAAUAUUUCAAGUGAGAAAAGCGACUUAAGCUUUUCUAUUGCUCAAAACUUUCAAACGAAAAGAGAAAAAAUUACUCCGAAAAAAUUGGAAACUCCUAAAAAGAAUUAACUGAGACAUGAAAAUUCACAGACUUCAUUUCACAUUAAUUUGAGUAAAUUUUGCUCUUUUACUUGAAUUGGGAUCACUGUGUUCUGAAUUUUAGCACAAAUCAAGUCAAAAACAAGGAGGAUCAUUAUAACCUAAGACACAAACCACUAAUAGGCUGAAUAAGUUUUUGGAAAACCAAGACACAAACCUUCGUUCGGCUGGCGACGCUGGCGUUUCUGUAGUCUGAAUCUGAACUCACAAACAUUUACAGAUUUUCCUUUGCUUGAGAAUAGUAUUUUUCCCGAAAAAGACGCUGGCGACUGUUCUCAACUUAGAGUUCUCAAAUUUCUAGUUGUAAAGUUCAACUAAAUUUCACAAAAGAUUCACGAAAACUUUCCCAAGCUAAAAUUGCAUUAACAGACUAAUAUUCAUAUUUUCUAUUAAGCAAUACUUUUUUACUUAUAUGACAGAUAAAAAAUAAUUAAAAUCGUCUUGUAAACCGUUCUUAGUCCAAUAGAAAAUUUCUGGUGACCUAAAGGGGAUUUGAACUCGGAACACUUUAUAACACAGUAAUUUUUUCAUGUUUCGUUAUUUUUUGAUGCGUUUCAUGAACCGUUCAAACGUUUCAGAAAACGGAAGAUUGCGUCUUUACAAAUUUCCACGUUUCGCUAACGUCAAAAUAACCUUGUCCAGGAAGCGUUUUGACACUGUUGACAUACAAUUUUCAUUUGACAUUCGUUCGGUUUCAAACGAUUCUUGCUCAUCUCUGCUUUGAUUCGUUACCGAAUUUCUAUAUAGAAGUUAUCACGCUUUAAAAAUUAGCGUGAUAAAUACUUAGUAAACUUAUCAUGUUUCUAGAAACGUUUCAUUGUUGUCUGACGCGUUUCUGAGUUUCUAGUAUUUUUUUUUUAUAUUUUUAGUAAUGAUUCCGCAUUUCAGAAAUCAUUUAUCCACGUUUCUAAGAGGAAAACUUUCCACGUUUCGUUAUUCUUUAAUGCCUUUCUGAGUUUCAAGAAACAUUUGCAGGCUUAGAAAAAAACAUCAGCGUCUUUAGACAAGUUUCCAUAUUUCUAGAAACGUUUCGUUAUUCUUUUAUGCGUUUUUGAGUUUCUAGAACUGUAUCCGAAACUUCUAAAAACGAUUCUCCGUUUCUAGAAUUAUAUUCAUGUUUCUAAGAAUAAAAUUUUCCAUGCUUCUUUACUCUUUGAUGCGUUCUUUCAAAAUUUACUGCGUUUCUGUGUUUCUAGAACCGUUUCCGCAAAUGAACAUUUCUGAAAUUAUAAAAUAAAAACGUUCUCGUUUCAAGGUUCAUUAUUCUCCUGUAAAACAAGAUUUUUCGUAUUCUUCGGAAAAGUUUCUAUGUUUCUAGAAACGCUUACAUGAUCGAUUUCCGGGAUUCUUGGAUGUCUAAAUUCUAAAAAUAUCACGACUUCAAUUCUUUAGAAUUAAGGUUAGCAGCACUCUGUGCCGUUAUAUUUAGUCAUCUUCACUUUUCGAUAAACCGCGGGUUCAAUUCCCGACAAUGACAGACUUUUUUCCUCAUCUUAUUGACCUGAGAUUCCAAAAUAUUUAAUCGAACGAACCUUUUUAAUAAUCUCACAUUCACUUUUUUAUAUGUCGCGGGUUCGAAUCCCGGUAAUAUCAUUUCUUUCUUCACUAUUUUGACCUGUUUCGACUUCUAACUCAUUUUUUUUCCAAUCCUACAACCUUCCUAGCAGUAGAAGGAUUGAAUAAUCGUUUGCGUUAUAUUUAUUUUAUUAUAUGUCAGAGGUUCGAAUCCCAGGAAUGUCAGAUUUUUUCUCACUUUUUCUUAACUGUAACUCAAGUUUUUCUAAAUUCUACGAACUCUCUAACUGUCCCAAGAUUAAGCCACCCUGUUUGCUUAUGUUUACUUUUUAAUAUGUCAUGGGUCCGAAUCCCGGUAACACUUGACUUUUUUCCUCUUGUUUUUAACCUAAUAUUUUCUUCUUUUUCAAUCUUGCAACCGUCAUAACUGUCCCAGGAUUGAGUCGUCCUGCUUUCAAUAUAUAUACCUCUAAUAUGUCGCGGUUUCAAAUCCCGGUAAUGUCAAUUUUUUCUCAUUUUUUUUUAAUCUGUAACCCAAGUUUUUCACAAUCCUAGAACAUUCCUUCUAAUAUAUCGCGGGUUCAAAUCCCGGUAAUAUCAUUUUUUUUCUUAUUUUUUUAAUCAGUAAGUCAAGUUUUUCACAAUCCUAGAACCUUCCUUCUAAUAUGUCGCGCGUUCAAAUCCCGGUAAUGUCAAAUUUUUUUUCUCAUUUUUUAAUCUGUAACCCAAGUUUUUCACAAUCCUAGAACCUUCCUUCUAAUAUGUCGCGGGUUCAAAUCCCGGUAAUGUCAAUUUGUUUUUCUCAUUUUCUUUUUAAAUCUGUAACUCAAGUUUUUCACAAUCCGAGAACUUUCCUCCUAAUAUGUCGCGGGUUCAAAUCCCGGUAAUGUCAUUUUUUUCUCAUUUUUUUUAAUCUGUAACUCUAGUUUUUCACUAUCCUAGAACCUUCCUUCUAAUAUGUCGCGGGUUCGAAUCUCGGUAAUGUCAAAUUUUUUCUCAUUUUUUAAAUCUGUAACUUAAGUUUUUCAGAAAUCUAGAACCUUCCUUCUAAUAUGUCGCGGGUUCAAAUCCCGGUAAUUUCAAUUUUUUUCUCAUUUUUUGAAUCUGUAACCGAAAGCUCUCUGAUUCCUAGAACGUUCCUAGAAAUCCCUAGCUUGAUUUAUAUUGUAAUAAAGGGAAAAACACUAAAUAGGAGACACACUUGGCCACUUGAGGGUUAAUAGAUCUUUUUAGUUCACUCGUCGCCAAUAUGCGAUGGAAAUAAAAAGAGUCACGGCUCAGUUUGAGCUUAAUAUUAUUUUUAUGUUGUAUCAUCAACAAUCUGCACAAAAAAUAUCAACCUGUGAUCAUUUAAUUUUUCUGUCUCUCUCUUUCGAGACACCAUCAGCAUUGACAUAACCAAAAGAAAACAACAAAAAAAAACCUUCAGUAUUUGAGGAGAGAAUGUAAAUAGGAAAUAAAGAAAAGUAGAAAAAUGAAAGA